UGGCUCUUCGGCAGCCGCUUUUGUGACACCUGGGUGGCCUUUGACAUUAUGUGCUCCACCGCCUCCAUCCUCCACCUGUGCAUCAUCAGCCUGGACCGGUACUGGGCCAUCGCCAGCCCCUUUCGCUACGAGCGGAGGAUGACGCAGCGCCUGGCCUGUGCCAUGAUAGCCGUAGCCUGGGCCCUCUCCAUCCUCAUCUCCUUCAUCCCGGUGCAGCUACACUGGCAUAAAGCCCAGGACAGGCGGCCUCCAAGGUCCUGGCUGCCUGGGACGCCCCGCUGUGACAUCCGCCUGAACCGCAUAUACGCCAUCACCUCCUCCCUUAUCAGCUUCUACAUCCCCGUGGCCAUCAUGAUCAUCACCUAUACCCGCAUCUACCGAAUCGCCCAGGCCCAGAUCCGCCGCAUCUCCAGCCUCGAGCGAGCAGGGGGAAAGCACCCAGCUCUCGGCAAGGAGCCUGCCUCCUCCUUGCGGAGCUGUCUGCGCAAGGAGACCAAGGUGCUGCAGACCCUCUCCAUCAUCAUGGGUGUCUUCGUUUGCUGCUGGCUGCCCUUCUUCCUGCUCAACUGCCUGCUGCCUUUCUGCCAGCCCGCACCGGAGAGCAGCCGCGAAGGGCAGUCGCCCUGUGUCAGCCAAACCAUCUUCAACAUCUUUGUGUGGUUUGGCUGGGCCAACUCCUCCGUGAACCCAGUGAUCUAUGCUUUCAAUGCGGACUUCAGGCGGGCAUUCAGCAGCCUGCUGGGCUGCCAGUGCUUCUGCUGUGGCACAGCCAGGUCCACUGUAGAGAGGGUCAACUUCAGCAAUGAGCUGGUGUCCUAUCACCAUGACACCACCUGUCAGAAGGAUGGAGCUGCCUCAUCCUCGGUGCCACCCACCACUGUGGCUGCCUGGGUGCAGCCUGUGCCCCAUGUGGUAAGCCUCCAAAGAGAAGGGAGCAGCGGGCAGCCGCCUGUGGAGGAAAGGCCUGUGACUCCUCAUACACAGGCUGCUCUCAGCAGCAGCCCCAAGCGUCUUCGUGUGCCAGCCACUUUGCCAUUUGAUUGUGAGGCAGAGAUAUCCCUGGAAACAAUUACCCCCUUUACAGGGCUUGGUGGAGGUGAAAGACCCCACCACCCUAUUCCGGAGGGAUAAGUGAUGCCACAUUCACGCGCAGCCAUCCCAGAGCGCGGAGUUUGCUCAGCUUCCACGAAGGAUACUCCUGUCCCCCAGCAAACAGUGUCCUGCACUAGAAGGAUGAGAGCUUGCAGCUCUUACCCUAGGAAGGUGAGAAGCAUAAAAAGUCUAUUCCAAAAACCUAGCAACUACAUAUUAACAUGUUCCCACUGUCACCUUCACCCCUUGCUCUCAUUCACAUUUCCCAAGCAUUUGUUCACCUACCACUCUUCAAUCAACAACUUAUGUGAUAUUUUGUUGAGAAUGAGUUAGAACAAAACAAAAACAGCUCACAUAGCUUGAGAGUUUAUAAUGUCAUCUCAUGCAGACAGGUUAAUCUUAGAUUUAGCUACGUUUCUAAAAAGCACAUUUUUUUCCUCACAGUUUCACAUCAUACAGUUGCACAGUCUUGGUCUUAAAGUUCUGUGUUUGGUUUCAAUUCUGUGCUUAUUUCAAGCUGAGGGUCUGGAUUUAAACCUCUGAAACAGUGAUUAGGCUCUUAAAAAUUGCUCAGUUGAAACAUCAUCAUCUUAUGGUGAAGUCAAAAGAGUGCUCAAAACCUGGGAAAAAUCAAGUUGCUUUUAGAUAGGGCCCCAGGAGCAGUUACAGGUGCCUAACUUUGGUGUUCAGGCUUAAUGAUAGUGACCUAGGAUCUUCCUCAUCUUCAAAUAUUAGAAAAUUUAUUAUUGUUUUAAGCUGAGGUUACAGUACAGCAUCUGAUAACUAGCAAUACAACUCCAGAGCAAUUUUAGCUGCUAUAAACUAAGACUGCUGCAAUCCUCCUUUUCUUCUGCUAGUUUAGGCAGCAGAUCCUUCCAGAAAGUAAUCUGGUCAAAAACAAACAAACAAACCUUACUGGCUGUAAUCUCAUCUUCAGGCAGGAAAGGAUGCAAAACAAGCAAAAUAAAAUAUGAUACUAAAGUGCAUGAGCAGAAGAAUGAUCUGGAAGAUGCAUGAAAUAGUUCUCCUGAUGUCGUGCAUAUUGUUAAAGCCUCAGGUGGAGCAUGGAGGCCAUCUGAUGGCCCAGAUCUCCAUAAAUACGUGGGAUAACUGCAGAUAUGCCAGAGAACUACAAGAACAACCAGCAAUACAGGAAAUGAACCACAACAAAAGGCAGAACAAAUUGGAGUUGGAGGGCUUAAAGGAGAGAAAAAAUGGGAGAACACAGCAGCGCCUCACUAUCCAUUCUCUCUCCAUUGCUUUGGAGUUCUGUUGCUGAUCAUUUAAUACCAUGCUCAACCAGCCACCAUUGUUACCCCAUUUUUCUGUCCUUCACCUGUGAUUGAGUUGAUUGGUCUUGAUUCAUUUAAAGGUAGGUGAUGACAAUGAUGAAAAUGCAACUGUUCAGAAAGAGGCAGCAAGAAUGCGCACACUAAAAGAGUUACCUUGGCCAUUCAGUCUCACAGAUGGCACAGCUGAGAUUUUUCAGGACAGUGAUCCAUUCUGGAAAGCCAGCUGCUGAAAAGCCAGACUAAAGGGCCAGCAUUUCCUCCCAAAGAUCCUGCUCCUGCCUCUCCAUCCUCUGUCAUAUAGUCAUAUAGCCCUUGUGAAUUUAAACUGCAUAUAGUACUUAAGUCCCUGCACAUGUUCCCCCUCUAUCCCCCGUUAAUUCUAUGGGAAAAAAUUGCUUCACUAUCCGUUGAAUUGCUAACCAUUGCGCUUCUCAGAAAAGCAUCCUUGAUGGGUGCUGGGGUGUGGCUGAAAUCUGUUCUCCAUGGCCAGGACUGGCAGGACAAGAAGUAAUGGGCUUAACUGAAGUUGAGAAGACUGAGGUAAAGCACUGGAAAAACUUUCUAAGAGCAUGCAUAAUUAAGCACUGCAAUUGAGAUUGCCUAGGGAGGUUACAAAGUCUCCAUCAGGGAAAGUCUUUAAGAAGGUGUUACCAAACAUCUGUGAGAAAUGACACAGAUGUUAAUCCUGUCUUGCGGCAGAGUAUAACAAUCUCUUGAGAUCCUUUCUAGUCCUGCUCCACUGUGACAACAUGAUCCCUUAAGGAAGCAUGGAGGUUAAGUUGUUUGAAUUCUUGUUUGCAUGUGAUCAUCCUUAGCUGUUCUCUUGAAGGCAAACAGGCAUACAGUUAAGAACUUCAAGAUCACAUUUGGAUAGUUCCCUUUCUCUUAGUGAUCAUCCGUUUUUGUUAGCCUUUAACAGCUAUCAUUUCAGCAUGCUUGAUGUCUCACCUGGAGAGUAAUCCUGAAAUCAGUUCACAUAUACAAGAUCUAUAUUUUUCAUUUUGAUUCCGUUUGACAAUUUUUUAGGCUUUCUUAUAUGAAGCAUACAUGGAUUCAGAUGCCAAAGUGUUCAUAUUAAUUGGCUGGAGGAUUUUCCUUGCUACAUUUUUUCAUUCUUGUACAAACUGGAAACUGCUAUGGUAGAGUCAGCAUCUUUUAUCUCCUCCAAAAAGCCAAAAUUAUAUCCUAGAGCUAUAAAAGACAUCUCAUCUCACCCCCUCCUCCUCCACACUAAAACCCAUUCUGGGGAGAUGCUGACACACCCGAUAAAACACUGUCCUGAAGUGCAGCUCCCUCGCUGCCUGCUGUACUCUGCUUUCUGUUGCAAGAGCUUCAGCUCGCUCCAUCCCUCAGAGGGUUACCUCUCCCUGCCCACACACAUCUUCAGUCGUGUGGGCAAGCAGUCUUCUGGCAGUCAAGACCCCCCAAAGUGAUUAUUCACGAUAGCUUUUUUUGAGUGUGUGUAAAGUCUCGUUAUUAGGGAUCAAAGCUGUUAAUUAAUGGAAGGGAAAGGUUUAUCUUCUCACAAGAUUUGCUCUGCAUAUGGGAGCUGUCUAGCUCAGGAAGUCUUCUGGACUUAACAGGUUUGAUGAUGAAAACUUAGCAUAUGACAAAGUGGGUUGCAGAAAUUAAGCGAUGAAUAUAUGUAAAUAAUGUUUUCUCUAAAGAGUAAUCAGAAAUGCAUGGUAGCUUUGGCUUAUGAAACUAUAUUUGUGUUAAGAAUGGAAAAAGCUAUCUAUUUAUAUCAGUUCUUGUGGCUACAGUUUAAAUAAGGUUCACUAACAGGUCAGACUGUCCUUGAAAAUGAAAUGAUAUUUACUUCAAGAAGAAGAAAAUCUGGCUUUGACUGAAGCUUUUAAAAUGGAUAAUUUAAAAAAACGCUCUGUAAGUGAUGCUAGAAAGAAGUGUUUGCACUUAAUUUAUAAUGGUCAUUACUGAUAUGCAGAUGUUACAUGUAACUAUAUUUUACAGCCGUAAUAUCUGUUGUGCAGCGUGAUGUUCAAGGCUUCAAUAAAUUUUAGAAACUGUGCAUUAUAAAUUGUUUGUACUCCUUUUAAGUGGCAUAUAACUGAAGGUACCUCAUAUUAAAGCUACUUUUGCACAGCC